AUGCUCUCCUACGCCAUUGUCGCUCUCACCGUCGCCGCCGGCUCCGUCCUGGGCGCUCCCCUCGAGGCCCGGUACCCGUACUCCAACUCCACCAGCCCCGGCCACUCCACCCCGACUCCGGACCCCACUCCCAGCGGUUACUUCCAGCCCUCGUCCGUCUCCACGUACGAUGUGAGUAACGGCGCCAUCCAGUGCGAGGUUUCCUACGGCCUCGUCGACAAGGCCACCGACAACAAGGGCCGCGACUUCACCACCCUCAUGACCUUUACCUAUCCCGAGGGUGUCACCGGCAAGCAGUGCCUCUUUGAGUUCUUCCUCGACGAGGGCGCCUCUCUCUACGGCAGCAAGAAGGUCGACCUCUACACCAGCCUGGCCCCCGCCCCCGACUGCACGUCUGGCUGGGCUCCCGGCAACCAACGCAAUGUCAACCUCGGCCGCAUGUCGGUGCAGCGCGGCGGCCUCGCCACCUGGGAUGCCACGUACAGCGCCUACCUGACCAAGCGCACGCCCUGCAAGGCCCCCGGUACCGUCGAGGCCUUUGAGCUCGUCGGCGUCUACGACAACGACCACGUUUCUUGGAACAUCGCUGUUGCUGGUGCCCGCAUUUCCUACAUUUAA